AUGAGUGGUAGAUCUGUGCAUUCUGUUUUGGUUGGGCUUGUGUGCCUGGCCCUUGCCUCUGCUAUUUGUUGUUCAAGUGUUGGAAGCUCCAACAACAUUAUGUGCUUGGAGAGUGAAAGACAUGCUCUUCUCCAGUUCAAACAAGGGCUUGUGGAUGAGUCCAAUGCUCUUGCUUCUUGGGAAAACAAGAAAGAUUGCUGCAAGUGGAGAGGAAUAGCGUGCAACAACCAAACAGGUCAUGUCACAAGACUUGAUUUGCCCUUUAUAUCUUUCAAUUAUACUGAAGUUCCUUUAAGAGGUGAAAUUAGUCAUUCACUACUUGAAUUGCCAUAUCUAAAUUACUUGGACCUCAGUUAUAAUGAUUUUGGAGGAAUGAUCAUUCCCAAGUUCAUUGGCUCUUUGAGUCAAUUGAAAGAACUCAAACUUGCAGCUGCUGAUUUCAGUGGACCUGUUCCUCCCCAACUUGGAAACCUCUCUAAUUUGCAUACUCUUGAUCUUUCCUUCAAUGAUUUUGAAGGAAUGAUGGUUCCCAAAUUCAUUGGCUUUUUGAGUCAAUUGAAGGAACUCAAACUUGCAACUGCUGAUUUCAGUGGACCUGUUCCUCCCCAACUUGGAAACCUCUCUAAUUUGCACACUCUCGAUCUUUCCGGGAACCAUGAUGCUAGUUCUGAAAACCUUGAGUGGUUAUCUCAUCUUUCUUCCUUGAGAUACCUGAACAUGGCAUGGCUGAAUUUGUCUGAGGCUGUGAAUUGGCCACAAUCUUUAAGCAAGCUCACUUUACUGACAGAGCUUCAGUUAUCCCAGUGUAACCUUCCUGAUGUCAAUCUAAGAUCACUUUCCUUUAUUAAUUCUUCCACCUCUCUUCAACUCCUUGACCUCUCUUGGAACUCUCUUAAUUCUUCAAUAUUUUAUUGGAUAGCCAAUGUCAGUAGCAACUUUGUCCAUAUUGAUCUCUCUUUCAACAAUCUCGAAAGUCCCAUCCCAGAUGUCUUCACAAGCAUGCUUUCUCUAGUAACACUAUAUCUGUCUUCGAAUCAACUUGAAGGUCUCAUCCCAGAUGUCUUCACAAGCAUGCUUUCUCUAGUAACACUAGAUCUGUCACGGAAUCAACUUGAAGGUGGGAUACCAAAAAGCUUUCAAAACUUAUGCAGCUUAGAGUCGUUGACCUUAUGGUCAAACCAAUUGUCUGAAAACAUUGAGGACUCUGUUAAAACCUUGUCUUGUGCUGAGAACACACUUGAGACCUUGCACUUGGGUUUGAACCAACUUUGGGGGUCCUGGCCAGAUUUGAAACGUUUUUCAAAGUUAAGAGAGUUAGAUCUUUCCAUUAAUCAACUAAAUGGCUCUGUACCCGAGAGUGUCGGAAUCCCACUUUCUGAACCUCUCUCGUUUACAGAUUUUGGAGCUUUCUGGUAA